CAGCUGCGUCCGGAGUGAAGGAAACGUGGCGACACUCGGGAUCUGUAAGCGGAGAGGGUGGUUGAGAGGCGGAGACCCGGCGGCGGAAGGUGCUGGGGGGAACCCAGCCAUCUGCAGUGUCGUGCGCUGCGCAGUCUGGAGCGUGCCCUUCCUGCCCCAUGUCUCCCUGGCCUCUCAUCUGUCACGGCUCUAGGGAGCCGAGCCCAGGAUCCUGACCCGUCCGAAGGUGAACUUUUCAGGGGAUCAGAACAGAGAAGGAUGAAGAGACCUGUUUGGUGUUGAUCUGAGGACGUGGGUUUUGCUUUCUCGAGGCCUUGUGGCUGUUGCAUCACUUUUCUUGAAGACAUUCCAUUAUUGUUUCAUUGACCUCCUCCUCAUUACUGAAUCCUUUGGAGUUGAGUUAUGUUAACAGCUGCCUUAAUUACUCUGGUUAGAAGUGUUGGGAACCAGGUGAGAAGGAGAAUGCUGCUAAACUCCCGCCUGCUGCGGGAUGACAGGCGGGUGACGCCCACAUGCUGCAGCUCCACUUCAGAGUUCAGGUGUUCUCGAUUUGACACAGACGGUAGUGGGUGUCCAGCCACUUGGGAUAAUUUUGGGAUCUGGGAUAACCGCAUUGAUGAGCCAAUUCUGCUGCCGCCCAGCAUUAAGUAUGGCAAGCCAAUUCCCAAAGUCAGCUUGGAAAACGUGGGCUGCGCCUCACAGAUUGGCAAAAGAAAAGAAAAUGAAGACCGGUUUAACUUUGCUCAGCUAACCGAUGAGGUCCUGUAUUUUGCCGUGUAUGAUGGACAUAGCGGGCCAGCAGCUGCUGACUUCUGUCACAUGCACAUGGAGAACUGCAUCACGAAUUUGCUUGCUAAGGAGAAGAACUUGGAAACUGUGUUGACCUUGGCUUUUUUAGAAAUAGAUAAAGCCUUUGCAAGGCACGCCCACCUGUCUGCUGAUGCAACCCUUCUGACCUCUGGGACUACUGCAACAGUAGCCCUAUUGAGAGAUGGCAUUGAACUGGUUGUAGCCAGUGUCGGGGAUAGCCGAGCUAUUUUGUGUAGAAAAGGAAAACCCAUAAAGCUGACCAUUGACCAUACUCCAGAAAGAAAAGAUGAAAAAGAAAGGAUCAAGAAAUGUGGUGGUUUCAUAGCUUGGAAUAGUUUGGGACAGCCUCAUGUGAAUGGCAGACUUGCCAUGACAAGGAGUCUUGGAGAUUUGGAACUUAAAACCAGCGGUGUGAUAGCAGAACCUGAAACAAAGAGGAUUAGGAUACAUCAUGCUGAUGACAGCUUCCUGGUCCUCACUACAGAUGGAAUUAACUUCAUGGUGAACAGUCAGGAGAUUUGUGAUUUUGUCCAUCAGUGCCAUGAUCCCAGCGAAGCAGCCAAUGCAGUGACUGAACAGGCCAUACAGUAUGGUACUGAAGAUAACAGUACUGCCGUAGUGGUGCCUUUUGGUGCUUGGGGAAAAUACAAGAACUCUGAAAUCAACUUCUCGUUCAGCAGAAGCUUUGCCUCCAGUGGACGAUGGGCCUGAUCACAUGGUGGGCUGGGACUUUGGAUUUCUGUGUAACAGUUUUUCACUGAGUAUGUCAAAAACCAAUUAGAGCAAACAAGUCAACUGCCAGAGUGAUCCUGUGACUCACUAGGUCAGUGCAUAAGUCAGUGUAAGCUUAGUAACCAUUUACACAGUAGCUUUUCAUAAAUACCUGUCAUUUAUGUUCAACUGUACCACUCAGCAUAAAUAUAUGUUGUAAUUCAGUUAUUGUGUUUCCAACUGUAUGUACUCAGUAUAAAAAUAUAUUAUAAUUUGGUUAUUGGGUCUCUAAGUUGGGUGAAAAGUAGCUUUGAUACACUCGCUGAGUGUUAAAUUUAUAAUUUUUAACUCUUAGGCAACUAUGAGUUUCUCUUGGUCCUUUUGUCCUUUAUUUAUUUGAAUAGGUUCUUGUAUUUAGGUUUUUCAAAACUGGUCAGUAUUUGACAGCUACUCAAUGUGUUAUCUGCAAGUGAUUUUUAAAAAAUAACUAUACCAAGGAAUAGUCUGAAAACUGAGUUCUCUUACUGUAUUUUGUAUUCUGGACCAGUUACUGGUAAAUGUAACAAUGCAAAAGAAAUUAAUUCUUAUGACGCUGCUGAAUUGUACACAUAUUUACAACAGUGCAUUUGUGUAUUUCAGCUGUGUCACCAGACCUCCCACUUCACCCCUUGCCUCAUUCCUAUUUUUCUGUAGCUAAGAAAUGCUAUAAAGAUUCGACUGUUCUUUCAUAUCAGGAAAGAAUGCACUGGCUGAAUCCUUUGGUCAGGGCUAUACAAAGUUAAAUACUGAUGGUAUCAAGUAUUUUGUGUAAAGUUUCCAUUUGUUAUCUCUGUUUAGUGUUUUGUAUAUAGUAUGUUUAUAUCACUUGUAUAGAAUAAGCAAGCUGGAUAAUUUGUCAGUAAAAAUAAUGUCAUUGAUAACAUAGUUUGAUAUCUAUGUCUUUUUGCUUAUUUCUAAGACUCACAAGAAAAAAUAUGCAAAUUGAAUACAUUGAAACACUCUAUAUUUCAUCCUGCUAUGUAAUGUAGGAGUAUAAAACCAUAUUUCCUUACAUCUGCCUGUCAGUUUACUGUUAAAAUGUGAAUCUCUAAAUGUAUGUUGGGAAUUGUAUGUAUAGUUUAUUAAUGCAGACAGUGUAAAUUUGUUGUAUGUGUGGUGUAUGUAUGUAUAUAUAUUUUAGAGUAACAGAAAAUUAAAGGGAACAAUCCUGUAUAGCUCCUUCACCAGUUAGCUUUAAAUUAUUUAUGUGUAUCCCUGAGGACUCUUGACCAAAACUAAAGGCAGUUUUAUAGUGGAGAAUCAAUGGUUAUUGCCAGAUGAGGAAAUAGAUUUUUAAAAAUGGCUAUAGGAAAUUAUUUUUAGUGGGUAACUACUGUGGAAAACUGAAGAACAACCAGCAUAUUAAAGCUACAUUGCUGUGUGGUAAUUUGCAUAUAAAGUAAUAGGAUGUGAGAAAAAUACUGAGUGUUAAGAAUGACAUGGAGUUUUGUUAUAGAAACAAAAGAAAAAGGAACCAAAAAGCUAAAGUUGUUACAUACUUUAUGCUCUCAGUUUUCAGGGUUGACUUUUUUUUCCUUCAAGUUAUAUUUAAAGGCUAUUAGAAGGAAGGGUACCCAUUAUAAAUAUGCACAUCUUCUUCUCACCAUUUUGGGAAUGGAAGAAAAUAAAUCUUGAGUUUUCCUGUCUAUAUUAAUCAGGAAUUGUCCUUUGAAAAAAACAGUAAGGAAAUAGUUCAAUUUUACUUUUUCAAAGAAGUUUGGUGAAAGAAAGAAGAACAUUACUGGAAAGUCUGUUCAUUGUCUGAGAACUGAGAACUAAAGGUAGACAAAGAAAGCUAGAAAACUUGCUCUUUAUGAGUCAGGUCCUGGAACAUGAAUAUAGAAGCUACAUUUGGGGAUAUGGAGAAUUUCCAAACUAACAAGCAAACAAAAGCUCUAAAGCCCAAAAUCACAUUCUAGGGAUGUAGGUUGCAUUUUUGUUUUGAGUUCUUCUCAUUACUAUUGCUCUUUUUUACUUUUAAAACUAAGGGUGGGAAUGUUGUCAAGUUCAAAGGUUAAGAGUCACUAAAGUAUUUAGGUGGAUUACCAGGUCUGACAAAGAGGGAUAUGUAGGGCACAUAGGCUGUGGUCUGGGUAGCUUCUCUCUGCUUUACGAGAAAAACUUAAAAUCCAAAACCAGCCAACUUUGACAAAAGUAUAAAAACACACUGGUGUUCAUUUUUCAAGCCCCACAGUGUUGAAGUAUAAUCUAUAAAAGAUAAGCGCACAUGUAUUAGGCUUCUAAGUCCACUACUGCGAAUUAUGCAAAUAGUAAAAAAAGGGCUGUUCUACAUAUAAGUGUUAUAACUGUGAAUUUGCCAUGUGGUUAUUACCAUGUGGGUAUAAAUAUGGUGUAAAUUAUAUUAAUCUAAUUAAACUUAAAUCAAUUGUA